GACACACCGAAGGCUUCGACACAGGGUUGUGCCCUGCCUUAAAAGCUUGCACUUUACGUUGUGCCUGACCUCUCUUCCCAAUUGUCUGCAACCAAAAUCCAAGAUGGGCUCUAUCUCAGGCCCUAACGGCCUUCAGACCGUCGAUAUCUCUGUCUAUCUCCAUAGCAAUGACCCCGUUUUCCGCAAGGCCAAAGCAGAUGAACUGGUUAAGGUGAUCCACGGGCAAGGAUGCCGCGGCAUUGAGUUCUUUGAUCUGCCCCUGGGGGAAAAGAGAAAGGUUGAGCAUCCGCAUGGGACAGUGCCGUAUCGCAGAUACACUGGCGUGGGCAGGCAAAGGAUCUACAGCUCGAUCCGGGGCUCAGAGCGGACAAAGCACUGGACUGAAAUCGACCAGGAACCUUUUCACCAUAAUCGUUGGGUCGACGAAAAGACCCUCCCCGGAUUCCGGGCAUUCAUGAAGGAUUUUCUCCAAAAGUUGGAGCAGCUGCACAGAGCCGUCCUGGACGCUCUGCUCUUGGGACUGGAAGUAGACCCCAGCGAGGCCGACUACUUCCGCUCUCUUCACGCCGGGCCCCAGAGUAAAAUACGACUACUGCAUUAUCCAGCACUCCUCGAGUCGACCACCGAUCGUCAGGCGACCACUUGGUGUCCCUCGCACACAGACUUUACGACCUUCACAUUUCUCAUCCAGAAUCAGAACCAGGAACUGGAGGUCGAAGAUUGA